AUGCCCGAAUCAGCCACUGACAAGUCUACUCUUGAUAAAUAUGAGCAGCACUAUUUUUCAUCGUAUGAUCAUUUCGGUAUUCACGAAGAGAUGUUGAAAGAUACAUCACGUACAUUGAGUUAUAGAAAUGCCAUGUACAGAAACAAAGAUGCAUUCAAGGACAAGAUCGUUCUUGAUGUUGGUUGCGGUACUGGUAUACUUUCAAUGUUUGCUGUUAAGGCUGGAGCAAAACAUGUUUACUCAGUUGAUAUGUCAUCGAUUAUUGGCAAGGCUAGGGAAAUUGUUGACUUGAAUGGGUUCAGCGAUAAAAUUACUUUCUUACAAGGUAAAUUGGAAGAUAUAAAGUUGCCAGUUGAUUCCGUCGAUAUUAUAAUAUCAGAGUGGAUGGGGUACUUUUUACUUUACGAAUCAAUGUUGGAUACUGUUUUGUACGCUAGAGAUAAGUACCUUGUCAAAGGUGGUUUGAUUUUGCCAGAUAAGUGCCAGAUGUACAUUGCUGGUAUCGAAGAUGGUCAAUACAAGGAAGAAAAAAUUCAUUAUUGGGAAGAUGUCUACGGCUUUGAUUAUUCGCCGUUUAUCAAAACAGCAAUGGAGGAGCCAUUGGUUGAUACUGUGAAUAAACAAGCAUUGGUAACAAACAGUUUCAAGUUUUUUGAGUUUGAUAUUAACACAGUCAAGAAGGAAGAACUUUCUUUCAAAAGAAAGUUUGAAUUGUUUGCCACUGAGAACGAUAUGUGUCAUGCGUACAUUGUUUAUUGGGAUGCAAUUUUCCCUGGAAAAGAAAGGAUUACAUUACCAACAGGACCAAUGAACCAGUAUACUCACUGGAAACAAACAGUAUUUUACAUGGACCAGGUAUUGGAUUUGAGGAAAGGUGACCUUAUCUAUGGCGAAAUUUUUGCUCGUCCAAGCACCAUCAACCCCAGAGAGUACGACAUUGACAUCAAAUGGGACUUGCAAACUGAAAGUAACGACACGAAUAGGAAUCAAAAAGGGGAGUACAAAUACUUUCUUCGUUAG